UUGAAGCACUCAGAACAAACCCCUUGCCACCCGAGGCAGUCGUCCUUUCUCCCUCCCACGCCCCUCUUCCUCCCCCUUCCCCUCCGCCGCCGCCACCGCCACCGCCGCCGCAAAGAGAAGCGCGAGAGAGUGGGGCGGCCGUAGCAAGCGAUGCCGAACAAGCGUCAGCGGGAGGCGCGCAAGCGCUUCCGCGAGGCGAAUCCCGGCCUCUGUCCGCCCGCGCCCGCCCCUCCGGCCGACGGCACCAAGAAGAAGAAGAGCAAGAAGAGCAUGUUCAAGAAGGUGAAGAAGGCCGGAGCCGGCGGCGGAGUAGGAGGAGCGGGGAGGUCGAAGCACCCGCUGCGGGUUCCCGGGAUGCGGCCCGGGGAACAGUGCUUCAUCUGCAAGGGCACCGACCACGCGGCCAAGAACUGCCCCGAGAAGUCCUAUUGGGACAAGAACAAGAUCUGCUUGCUCUGCAGGGAGCGAGGGCAUAGUAUGAAGAACUGCCCUGACAAAGGUGAUGGGGAUUUGAAGAAAUUCUGCUAUAACUGUGGUGAAUCUGGGCAUUCCCUUUCCAAGUGCCCGAAGCCCAUUGAAAAUGGUACUCUUCAUCCAUUCAUGUUAUGCUUAGAUUACAGAAGAUGCAAUUUCUUCAUGUGGUUAACACUAUUCUACAUGUCUGCAGGCGGUACAAACUUUGCGAGCUGUUUUGUCUGCAAACAGCAGGGACAUUUGAGCAAGGAUUGCCCAGAAAAUACACACGGCAUUUAUCCCAAGGGUGGUUGCUGUAAGAUAUGUGGUGAAGUUACACACUUGGCGAGGCAUUGCCCGAACAAAAGGCAACAGUACUUCGAAUCCUCGGUGGAUGAUGGUAUGAAUAUGGAGGGAGAUUACCAGGAAGACCAUACUCUGCAUGGUGGAGAUGAUCUUGAAGAUGAUUUCAUUGAUGAAGAAGAGGUAAAAACCACCAAAACAAAAGCAAAGCAACCUAGCAGUGGCGAGAAGAAUGCCAGCUCAAAGUCAAAAGGAAAACAGGCUCCAAAAGUUGUAAAAUUCUUUGGUUAAACAAUGCCGCCAUUUUUGUAGCGUAUGUCGAGAAUGGUCAUCUUCCUGGACAAUUCUUUUUGGAGGAAUCCCAGCCUUGUAACUUACAAUGCAAUGAGAAUGUAUCUGUCUACACUGCGACGUUGGAGAAAUGCCAUAUAAUUUGAAAUA